UCAUGCAUAAGUGCAACAUCCGGAUGUAGAUAACAAUUUCUACCGUUUUUUUGUUACCACUCCGGCACUACCACCACAAUGAUGGAUUCUGGCAAAAUCUCCGUGAAUGGGCUAUUGCGAGAUUUGCGACGGGGUAAGUUAGAAUCAGUCGCGAAUCAAUUGAGCAUUACCUUAGAUCUGACGGUGGACAUUACUCCAUCGCGAACUCAUUCUCCAUUGAAGCGGCUUCUGAGCUUGCCCUCCUCCAUUUGAAGCAGCUUCAAAGGUUAUGUUACAUGUUGUUGGACUUAUUUUUAUGUAGAACGUCUUGAGCCAUGAUAUGAGUUUCGUUGAUCUUGAAUAAUCGCAAUCAUGGGAACCAAGGCGGCAUUGAAGUGGUCUAAGAAGAUUACAACAUCACAGGUGGAACAGCUAAUUCGAGCUGAAAAAGACUUGUCUAAGGCUAUUGCGAUAUUUGAUUCGGCAACAGCUGAGUACAAAAAUGGCUUUAAACAUGACCACACUACUUUUGGGCGUAUGAUCUCUAGAUUAGUGUCUGCAAACCAGUUUAGACGUGCAGAGGAGCUCCUUGACAAAAUGAAGGAAGAGAAGUGUCAGGUUAAUGAAGAUAUAGUCCUCUCCAUUUGUCGAGGAUAUGGUCGAGUUCAUAAGCCAUUGGAGGCUGUUCGGAUUUUUAAGAACGUGAAAGGAUAUGAAUGUGAACUCACUGAGAAGUCUUACAUCACUAUCUUUUCCAUUCUUGUUGAUGAAAACCAUUUAAAGUUGGCCAUGAGUUUUUACCGUUACAUGAAGAAAAAAGGUAUUCCACCAUCUGUUGUUUCUCUUAACAUCUUGAUUAAAGCCCUUUGUAAGAGCAGUGAGACAAUUGGUGCUGCCAUUAAUAUAUUUCGUGAAAUGCCACAUCGUCAGUGCCCUCCAGAUUCAUAUACUUAUGGCUCAUUGAUUAGUGGGUUGUGUAAAUGUGGAAGAAUUGAUGAAGCAAAUGAACUUUUCAGAGAAAUGGAGACAAAGGGUUGCCUACCCUCUGUUGUUACGUAUACUACUUUGAUGCAUGGUCUGUGCAAAUCUGAAAAGUUAGGUGAUGCUCUGACAUUGUUUGAGGAGAUGAGAAGCAAAGACAUUAAGCCAAAUGUAUUUACCUACAGUGCGUUGAUGGAUGGUCUUUGUAAGCAUGGACGAUCCUUACAUGCCUUAGAUCUACUGGACAUGAUGCUUCACCAACAUCUUUCUCCCAACAUGAUAACUUAUAGCACUCUAAUUCCUGGACUUUGUAAAGAUGGGAAUCUUUGUGAAGCUGUAAAACUUUUUGACCGAAUGAAACUUCAAGGUCUUAAACCUGAUGCUGCACUGUAUGCUAAGAUCAUUACUGGUUUCUCUGACUUGAGCAGGUUCCGGGAGGCUGCCAAUUUCCUAGAUGAAAUGGUCCUUGCUGGAAUCUCACCCAAUAGGUUAACUUGGAGUACUCAUGUUAGGACUCAUGCUGUUGUCAUACAAGGACUUUGUGUGGUUGAUCUCAAUCGAGCAUUUCAUGUGUACCUAAGUAUGAGAACUAGGGGUCUGUCUGUUGAACCUGAAGUGUUUAGUUCUCUUAUCAAAGGCUUCUGCAAGAAAGGGGACUUGCACAAUGUUUGUCGCAUUCUUGAUGAGAUGGUUUGUGAUGGUUGUCUACCUGAUGAGGAGAUAUGGAAGACUAUUUUAAGAGGUUUUCUUAAUCAAAGAAAGAUGUUGGAGUCCAUUAAAAGCUUUCAUAUGCUGUUUGUACAGAAUUUUGAUGAGCUUGAGAAGUUAUCUUUAGAUCAAAAUACCUAUGAAAUAUAAUUGUUUGAGACUAAGUAUAUAGUAGUUCAGUGGGUUUAAGUUUUUGAUGGUUCUCCUUUUUAGUAGCUUCCGGCUUUAACAAUGAUCUUGAUUGAAGGAUAUCUCCUGCAAGGUGGGUUGCUGUUUACAGGUUUGUUUUCCUUUAUUUUUUCUUUCAGUUCUUGUCCAGGGUACUACUGUGAAUCUAUGUCUUGACUGUUUUUUCUAUACAUCUUUUUAUGGCACUCGAAUUAGUUGUAAGUCAAUUUUGAUCUACAGCAUGUGAUCUGGUGCAAAAUAUACAUUAAUCAGGUAUUUUUGUCAGUUCUAAUGCUCAGAAUAUUAAGGUAUGUUAUCAGCAAUAAAUUUAUAAUUUAUAAUCAUAUACUUAAAAACAAGACCGUAUCAAAGAAGAUUUGCUUGAUUUUGGAAUAGUCUGAGAUCUGAAUGCAAAUGAAUGUGACUAGAGGUGUGAGGUCAUUACUGUCUUAUGGCUGUGCCAGUAUCCUUUGUUUUCACGAAAUGAUGUUAAUUAUUUAGGGCCCUUACACAAAAAGAAUUAUAUUGCUGUGUUGUUCGUCAUCGGUUGUUCCUAAUGUAGAUUAUGACCUUUUAUUUCCACUUUAUUUCCCAGUUUUUGUUCAUAGCACUAGGAUUCUUGUGGUACCUCUUUAUUUUGAACAACAUGUGAGUUUUCCUGUAGCAAUUUUUUUAACAAUGAUGAAACAGUAGCUUAAGUUUAGGCUUUUAGCUGCUUGUUUCUUAUUGCAGAAUGCAGACUUUUAUUCGGUAAUCCUGUGUUCAUCCUUCUUUCUCUUUCCAUUUUUUGUGUAAGUAGUUUAUUUAUUUAUUUUAAAUUCAUGCUGUAAUAGGAUGAACUGAUCUUAUGAGAGCAUUUUAUAGGGUUAAUGGAGAUAGUGAAGCAGCUAGAGCUAUAUACAAAUAUACAAUGUAAUGCACAUCGAAGAUAUACAAUUUGGAAGUUAGUCACAGAAGAACAUGUGUAAGACAAUCGUGUUACAUCAAAUGAUCAAUUAGCAGUUACGGGGAAACCUAUCCCAUGGCGUUGUGUAGGGAAUGCUACAAACAGCAUACUGCAAAGUACCCCUAUUCCUACAGAAAAUCUAUGAACCAAAGCCGGUACUUGGCAGCAAGCUGGGAUGGAAUAGUUGCUGGCCCAUCUAUCACCCACAGGCCGUUGAAAGUGGCAAACCCGUAAUAGAUUUUCCCAUCGUUGUCCUUGAAGCAAUCAGUGAAGCUGAGUAGGAAUGAUGACAACCCACAAAGAGCAAUUAGGAUGGAAGUCAUCGUUCGGCUCACUGGGUCGCAUUCACCCUUGUUUGUGAAAACUGGUGCAAGAAGCUGAAAGGCCAUAACUGUUCCAGUUGGUAGUAAAUUGGCCAAGUGAGCUGUGCUCUGAAAUGUCUGGCUAAUGGCUGCUUGUAUUGGAUUCCUGUCGUCUAUAGAAGGUCUUUGAGAGGCUGACUGCUUUAUAAGAGGGGGAGGUUGGGUAAUAAUUGCAUUGAGUAGAGCAAAAGGAAUGGGAGGGCUGGUUUGUAAUGCCUUGCAAGAAAGAAGAAACUAAGUUAUAUUUGAGGUAAAGCUUACUUUAUUAGAAUCAUGGGAAAGUUGCUCCUGUAAUUUAGUUCAUAAAGAUAUUAUCCAUUGUUUACAGUUGUGAAACUAUAAGAGCUACUACGAUGCAUAUCUUAAUUUGACAUCGGUCUAAAAGAUGAGAGGGCACACAUUUUGGGAGA